AUGAGUCUUUGCCACACAGCCAUGAACGCCCACCCCAAGGAGAUGGUGCCCCUCACGGGCAGAAGAGCCACCAUCCCCUUUGUGAACCCUGCCAUCCUGCAGGAGAAGAGGCCAUCAGAGGUCACCCCCACCAAAAAGAGUGCACACUUCUUCCUGGAGAUAGAAGGGUUCGAGCCCAACCCCACGGUUGCCAAGACCUCUCCCCCCAUCUUCUCUAAGCCCAUGGACUCCAACAUCCGGCAAUGUGUCUCUGGGAACUGUGAUGACAUGGAUUCCCCACAAUCUCCUCAGGAUGACGUGACAGAGACCCCGUCCAAUCCCAACAGUCCCAGUGCAAACCUGGCCAAGGAAGAGCAAAGGCGCAAAAAGAAGCGGCUGAAGAAACGCAUCUUUACGGCAGUGUCGGAGGGCUGCGUGGAGGAGCUGCUGGAGCUGCUGGGGGAGCUGCAGGAGCUUUGCAAGCGGCGCCACAGCCUGGAUGUGCCUGACUUCCUCAUGCACAAGCUGACAGCCUCGGACACGGGGAAGACCUGCCUGAUGAAGGCCUUGUUAAACAUCAACCCCAGCACCAAGGAGAUCGUGCGGAUCCUUCUUGCCUUUGCUGAGGAAAAUGACAUCCUAGACAGGUUCAUCAAUGCCGAGUACACGGAGGAGGCCUAUGAAGGGCAGACGGCGCUCAACAUCGCCAUCGAGCGGCGGCAAGGAGAUAUCACCGCGGUGCUCAUCGCGGCUGGGGCGGACGUCAACGCCCACGCCAAGGGGGUCUUCUUCAACCCCAAGUACCAGCACGAAGGCUUCUACUUCGGCGAGACACCCCUGGCCCUGGCAGCCUGUACCAACCAGCCCGAGAUCGUGCAGAUGCUGAUGGAGAAUGAGCAGACGGACAUCACCUCGCAGGACUCGCGGGGAAACAACAUCCUCCACGCCCUGGUGACCGUGGCCGAGGACUUCAAGACGCAGAACGACUUCGUCAAGCGCAUGUAUGACAUGAUCCUGCUGAGGAGCGGCACCUGGGAGCUGGAGACCACGCGCAACAACGACAGCCUCACGCCCCUGCAGCUGGCCGCCAAGAUGGGCAAGGCCGAGAUCCUGAAGUACAUCCUCAGCCGUGAGAUCAAGGACAAGCGGCUUCGGAGCCUGUCCAGGAAGUUCACCGACUGGGCGUACGGGCCCGUGUCAUCCUCGCUGUACGACCUCACCAACGUGGACACCACGACCGACAACUCGGUGCUGGAGAUCAUCGUCUACAACACCAACAUCGACAACCGGCAUGAGAUGUUGACCCUGGAGCCCCUGCACACGCUGCUGCAUAUGAAGUGGAAGAAGUUCGCCAAGUACAUGUUCUUCCUGUCCUUCUGCUUCUAUUUCUUCUACAACAUCACCCUGACCCUCGUCUCUUACUACCGCCCCCGGGAGGAGGAGGCCCUGCCUCACCCCUUGGCCCUUACGCACAAGAUGGGGUGGCUGCAGCUCUUAGGAAGGAUGUUUGUGCUCAUCUGGGCCAUGUUCAUUUCUGUGAAAGAGGGCAUCGCAAUCUUCCUGCUGAGACCGUCAGAUCUGCAGUCCAUUCUCUCGGAUGCCUGGUUUCACUUUGUCUUUUUUGCCCAAGCUGUGCUUGUGAUACUGUCUGUCUUCUUGUACUUGUUUGCCUACAAAGAGUACCUCGCCUGCCUCGUGCUGGCCAUGGCCCUGGGCUGGGCGAACAUGCUAUACUACACACGGGGGUUCCAGUCCAUGGGCAUGUACAGCGUCAUGAUCCAGAAGGUCAUUUUGCAUGAUGUUCUGAAGUUCUUGUUUGUAUAUAUCGUGUUCUUACUUGGAUUUGGAGUAGCUCUGGCCUCGCUGAUCGAGAAGUGCCCCCAGAACCACGAGAACUGCAGCUCCUAUGGCAGCUUCAGUGACGCGGUGCUGGAACUCUUCAAGCUCACCAUAGGCCUGGGCGACCUGAACAUCCAGCAGAACUCCAAGUACCCCAUCCUCUUCCUGUUCCUGCUCAUCACCUACGUCAUCCUCACCUUCGUCCUCCUUCUCAACAUGCUCAUAGCCCUGAUGGGGGAGACGGUGGAGAACGUCUCCAAGGAGAGCGAGCGCAUCUGGCGCCUACAGAGAGCCAGGACCAUCUUGGAGUUUGAGAAAAUAUUACCAGAAUGGCUGAGGAGCAGAUUCCGGAUGGGGGAGCUGUGUAAAGUGGCAGAAGACGAUUUUCGGCUGUGUUUGCGGAUCAACGAGGUGAAGUGGACUGAAUGGAAAACUCAUGUCUCCUUCCUCAAUGAAGAUCCGGGGCCCGGGAGACGGACAGCAGAUUUCAACAAAAUCCAAGAUACUUCCAGGAGCAACAGCAAAACCACCCUCAACGCAUUUGAGGAAAUAGAUGAAUUUCCGGAAACUUCAGUGUAA